UACUCCAGGAGCUAAACAAGAGAGAAGAUAUUAGAGCGAAUUCAGCCUUUUGUUUGAGUAUUUGCAGCUUUAAAUAUUGUCCCCCGUGCAGCACCAAGGAAAGAAAACACCGAGGGAGAGGAGGAAAAAAUAUAUAGGGAGUCUUGGCUGAUGCAUCUGUGCAAGAGCAUCCAUUUCACGGCGAUUACAGUUCGAACCUGAGGAGACGGUGCGCAUUUCUUUGAGAAACACGGUGCUUUUCUCUCUCCUCCGAAGUCAUUUUCCUAGAGCGGCUGGCGGACGCAAAGACACGGUUACGGGAUUUCAUAACGAGGCUUUUCGUUUGAAGCAAAAGCAGGUCGAGCGCAGUUCCAGCAGGCUAUACUGCGUCUUGUUUGUGGAGUGGAAUUUUGCGGUCCCUAGCUCAAAACGCAAAGGGGAAUAUCAGACAUUCAAGUUCCCUUGGAAGUUGCGCAGUGAUAUAAAAACAUGGGAAUUUGUGGUUAUCUGGCGGUGUCUGGGAAAUGCCUUGUCGUCAUCGGACUUAAAUUGUUAUUCCUUGUACCUGCAGGAGUUCCAGCUAGAAGCGGGGAUUCUGUAUUAAAAGACAACAUCACCGUCAGACAGGGAGACAGCGCCGUCUUAAAAUGCAAUGUGGACAGCAAAGUCUCACGAGUGGCAUGGCUCAAUCGCACCACUAUUCUAUUUGCAGGGAGUGAAAAGUGGUCUCUGGAUCCUCGUGUCAUCUUGUUGGAAAACACAGCAGUUACAGAGUACAGCAUCAAAAUCCAAAAUGUUGAUGUCCAUGAUGAAGGGCCCUAUGUAUGCUCUAUACUCACAAACAAGAAACCACAGUCCACAAAAGUGCACCUCAUUGUUCAAGUACCUGCCAGGAUCACUAACAUAUCAAAGGACGUCACGGUGAAUGAAGGCAGCAACGUCAAUCUUAUGUGCCUGGCAGUUGGUCGACCUGAUGCAAGCAUAAUUUGGAAGCAUCAUUCACCAAGGGGCACCCAUAAAUUUGUGACAGAGGGGGAGCACCUGAUGCUCACAGCCAUCACCAAAGAACAGUCGGGAUCCUAUGAAUGCAUUGCAUCUAAUGACAUCUCAAGCCCGGAUGUCAGGACAGUGCAAGUCACCGUCAACUAUCCUCCCUUCAUUUCUAAAGCGAGGAGUACAGGCACUUCAGUUGGACAAAAAGGAAUUCUGCAAUGUGAAGCCUCUGCUGUCCCAAGGGCAGAUUUUGAGUGGUACAAAGAAGACCGCAGUAUGGGACUGCGAGUUGGCUGCCAUUCUUUUGCUGCUUCACUUGUUACCUCCAACAUCAAAAGGAAGGAAGUCUUCAAAGAUUAG